GCUCGGGAUUUGGUUUCCGGGCUUGGUUGCUUCUCCUCGGGGUUUGGUCCGAGCGCUAAAUCGGACGUUGGGGGGAGGUUAGGCAGCGUCAGCUUGUCUAGGCAAGUCUCCCCCUACGUUCGCGGUGUGAGGUGUAGAGGCCCCGAUCUUCUUGCCGCUCUGAGCUGAAAUGGCAACCAAUUAUUCCGCUAAAGACGACGAUGGUGACCAGCAGAAGAGCAGGAAACCGGACAACACAGCGUUCAAGCAGCAGCGCCUCCCCGCCUGGCAGCCCAUUCUCACCGCAGGCACUGUCCUGCCCGCUUUCUUUAUCAUAGGCCUCAUUUUCAUCCCCAUUGGCAUCGGCCUCUUUGUCACCUCUAACAACAUCAAGGAAUUCGAGAUUGAUUAUACUGGCAUUGAACCACAUUCUCCCUGUCAUAGCUGUGCUAUGAAUAGUACAUGGAAUACUACGUGUACCUGUGAAGUUCAUUUUCAGCUGGAUCAACCAUUUGAGGGAAAUGUUUUUAUGUAUUAUGGAUUAUCAAAUUUCUACCAGAACCAUAGACGAUAUGUCAAAUCAAGAGAUGACAGCCAGCUUAAUGGUGAUAAGGGUUCUUUAAAAGAUCCAAGCAAAGAGUGUGAGCCAUAUCGAACGUCUGAUGGAUUACCUAUUGCCCCUUGUGGAGCGAUUGCAAACAGUCUGUUUAAUGAUACUUUGGUACUGUACUACAUUGACAAUGGCACUCAAAGUGAGAUUCCAUUGAUUAAAAAAGGCAUUGCAUGGUGGACAGAUAAGAAUGUCAAGUUCAGAAACCCAACUGGGGAUUCCAAUUUAUCAACCAUUUUUAAAGACACUGCAAAACCUGUGAACUGGCCAAAGCCAGUGUAUGAACUGGAUCCAACUGAUAAGGACAACAAUGGAUUCAUCAAUGAAGAUUUCAUUGUGUGGAUGCGUACCGCAGCUUUACCCACCUUUCGCAAGCUGUACAGGCUUAUUGAGAAAAAGGAUGUGUUGACUCCUACAUUGCAACAGGGAAAUUAUACAUUGCACAUCACAUACAAUUAUCCAGUGCGCAGCUUUGAUGGGCGAAAAAGGAUGAUCUUGAGCACUAUUUCUUGGAUGGGAGGAAAGAAUCCAUUCCUUGGGAUUGCGUACAUCACUGUUGGUUCUAUCUGCUUCUUUCUGGGAGUCGUACUACUGAUCAUCCACCACAAAUAUGGAAGCCGCAACACAAGCGCUGAUAUUCCUAAUUAAUAGUGUCUUUGCAACAGAAUAACUGCAUGUGCAUCCAUCUAAAGUUCUGAUAUAUGAUGAAGCUUUAGGAAGAUCUUAGAAAGCAAUUCCAGUUAUUGUAUAUGAAGUGAGAUUUGGCUGUGUCUUUGGUGCAUUGUCAGUAUCUGAUUGAUGUCUGUGAAAAUAUGCUGAAAACAUUUUGGUUUGCAGGUCAAGCAGUAUAGUGCAAAAUUGCUUGAUCACGUUUUUAAACAAUCAAUGUUAAUGGCUAUAAAUUCUAAAAUCUGUGCAUAUAGAUGUUAAUAUUCUUGGACCUAUUCUAGAAAUUGCUUUUAAUAUUUCUUAAGCAAUGAUAAAAAUUAAUUGCACUUUUGUUCUUACUUACCAACCAGAAAUUCAGUGGAAUGUGCAAGUUCAGAUAAGGACAGAUUGAAAUGUACAUGUUAUUUUAUAUACAUAUGGUGAUUAUUUCCCCUUAGAGUUAACAAACUGCAACUAGCUCUAGUGAUCAUUAGCUAAGACACAACACUGGUCAAAUGCAUGUAUAAUUGUCAAUAUGUCUUAUUUUCAGUUCCUGUGGAUAAUUGUUUUGCAUCUUCUGUGAAAACGAAAAAUUGAAAUUAUUUUGCUUACUGUUUUCGACCAAUGCAUUCACAUGCCACCAAUAAAUAAGUAGUUAAUUGGCAGCUGAAAUUUGAGGAGAGCAAUGAAAUCAGUAUAAUAUUUCAACACAACCUAUUACAGAUCAUAAUCCUUUUAUGCUAUCAAGUAUCUUCAAAUAAUGGUGAUUUCCCAAAACCCUAUACCCAAUAUUCUUGUCAUUAUCAUUUCUAGAACAACCUGGCUGCAGAUGGUGUAACUAAAAGCUAUUUUAGCAGGGCAAACAAAAACCUUCUGUUGCAACGAGAGUAAAUGUGAGCUGGUAACCAAUGGAGAUCAUACUGAGUAGUUGCAACUCUCUUAUGAUUUAUGUUGUCAAUCAUCGUAUGUUUUUGAGGUCAUUAGUUCCUUUACUACAAGUUGUUGAGGGAAUUAGUGUGUUUCCUUUCUGGGAGGCGAAGUGGGAGUAGCACGAUCGUGUUAGUAGGUGUGCGGAGGUGGGAGGGAGCUGGAUUUUGACAACAGAGUGCAAAUUUUGUCAGUUGUAAUUUAUUGGAAUGUAAGCGAUAUUAUUGGUAUGAAAAUAAAGGUCUGGCUGUAAAUGGCUCAAUGUUGCUAUGUCUUGUGCUGGAGAAAUUAUUCUUGCACAGAUUUGGGAAAGGGGAGUUUUGUUUUUCUUCUUGAAAAAAUAAGCAAACAAUUUCCUGUUCCAGUUCCACUCUUUGUUGUGAAAUUCUGCUCAAUAGAUUGAAACAUGAAAGUAUUUUCUUUUGCGACUGAGGAAUGAAUAUUUACGAAUGCAACAAAGAGUUAAAAGUAUUGUCCUAGCUACUGUUGGGGAAAAAAAAUCUUGUUAAAUGAAUGUAAUUAAAGUUUAUUUAUCACACUUUUGAAAAUUUGUAUUUUUUUAAAUAAUUACUUAAGUUGUUUCUAAAGAUUGUUGGAAUUUGCUUUAGUCUGUUACCAGUUGGAUUAAAGAUCUUUUCAGAUGAAACAUACAUUUAGUCUUUUGAUAGACUCUUUCUGAAAGCUCCUUGUUGUUUUAUGUGGCUGGUCGCUGGAGUUAGGAAAUUGUGGAUUACAGAUAUUUGAAUUAAAAUUUGUUUAGUCUGCAUUGCAAUACAUAAGAGUUCAUUAACAGACUUUCACUGUUAAAGGAAUCCUUUUAUAAAUUAAUCAGUUUGUUGAACUCUAAGUUCAUACCUGUCCAACAUAAUUUGACCUUUCUUUGAAACAGUUGGAAACUCUCAAUCCAAAAUUGGAUACUAUGCAACACCCUUUUUAGGUAUGGAAAAUACUUGUAUGCAAGUAUCCACCUCUAGGUGCGACAAAUGAUGUUUAUAUCAAAUAUUUUGUGUUUCAAUAAAGUGCAACUGCACUUACUGGCCUUGCAUUUGUGCUGAUAGAUCAAUAAAAUCAUAGUUCAAAAUGA